GUUGCGGCAGGGUGGAAGAGGAGUGUAGCAGAAACAGAAACAGAAUUAGAUCGAGAUUGCAGUUGGCACUACUCACAGAACUCCAAUUCUCUCUCUCUGGUGGAUCUUCAUCAGAGGGAAACUCGCACGAUGAAUUUCCUGAUGCGUACCACCACGCACGUGUACUCCGAUAGGGAAAAGCCUUCGUCCACGGCAGCCACAACUCCGACGAAGGCUCCGGCUCCGACGAUUCCAGAGCCCCGCGCAGAUGGCGUAUCGUCUUUGGAGAGUCUCAUAGCCGAGGACCCCUAUCUCCAAGUCGGCCGCUUCGACGGAGUGGUCGAUGGCGAAAACGGUGCUCUCCGUUUCACUUCCAAAAACGACGCCUCCGUUUUGGCUAAGCACUUGGAUGUUUCUGAAGAGGAAGGAUGGAUCACUAUUCCUUACAAGGAACUUCCUGAAGACUGGAAUCAUGUAUCAGAUAUGCAGUUCUUUCGCUCCCUAGAUCGUUCCUUUCUCUUUCCCGGUGAACAAGUUCAGAUCAUAGCGUGCCUGUCUGCUUGUAAGCAGGAUAUGGAGAUUAUUACUCCAUUUAAAGUUGCCGCUGUGAUGAGUAAAAGUGGCAUGGGUCACAGUCAUGACAAAGAAAAUGGAAAUGUUGAAAACAGAGAUGACUCAGUGUCUAGAGAAGAGCAACUGAACCCUACUGGAGAAGAGCAGAAAGACCUGGAAAAAGUGAACACCAAUCACCCGGGGGAUGCUUAUGCUGGUGAAUCCCUUUUAAGGAUGGAGGUUCACAAAAGACAAACUGCAUUGUUGCUACAAAAAUUUGAGAAUUCUCAUUUCUUUGCCAGGAUUGCUGAGGCUGAUGAGCCGCUUUGGUCUAAACGAGGCUCUUCAGAAAAGUCCAACUUUAUCGAACUAAAUGGGCAAAGGAUCUCAUCAUUUCAUAUUAAAGAGACUGCAAAAAAGGCAUCUUCUAUUAGUGCAGUUAUUGAUAGAGCUAAUUUUGAUGCAACUAUUUCCAGUGGAGUGGCAAGAAAUUCAGUCAAGUGUUGUGCCCUACCAAAUGGAGAUAUAGUGGUUCUUUUACAGGUGAAUGUUGGUGUUGACUUUCUUAAAGACCCUUGUAUAGAAAUUCUCCAAUAUGAAAAGUAUCAGGAGAAAAUAUUGUCUUCUGAGAACCAGGACAAUUCAAUUCACACACAUCAGGAUCCGUGUGGAGCUCUAUUGAAAUGGAUACUUCCUUUAGAUAACUCUCUCCCCCCUGCUUCCCGCCCAUUAUCUCCUCAGAUUUCUUCAAGUUCAGGAAUUAGUGGUGCCACUCAGAGAUCCAAUGUUUCAUCAUCAUCUAGCUCUCAAUUAUUUUCCUUUGGUGGCCAUUUUAGAAGUCAGUCAAUGUCAGCAAUACCCCAGAAUACGACUCCACCGACAGCUCCUUUAAAAGCAGCUAGUUCUAAGCCAAGCUUUGAAAUUGAAGACUGGGAUCAAUUCUCAUCUCAUAAAUUUUUGAAGAAAAAAAGUGGAGCUGAAGAACUUUUAUCUUUUAGAGGUGUCUCAUUGGAGCGAGAAAGGUUUUCAGUUUGCUGUGGAUUAGAAGGUAUCUACACUCCUGGAAGAAGGUGGAGAAGGAAAUUUGAAAUAAUACAACCUGUAGAGAUUCAUUCCUUCGCAGCUGACUGCAAUUCAGAGGAUCUUCUGUGUGUUCGGAUAAAGAAUGUUGCUCCUGCACAUGUUCCAGAAAUUGUGAUAUUUAUAGAUGCCAUAACAAUAGUUUUCGAAGAGGCUACAAAAGGCGGACCACCAUCAUCAUUGCCAAUUGCGUGUAUUGAAGCUGGAAAUGACCAUUCUUUACCAAAUUUAGCCCUCAGGAGAGGUGAAGAGCAUUCUUUCAUCCUUAAACCUGCAACUUCUAUGUGGAAAAAUGUUAAGAUACAAGAGGAAGGCUCUCAAUUUUCAAAGUUGCAAUCUCCAAAUUCGGAAUCAAAAUCAAAUCUUUCCUCCAAGAGCCCUGACAGAACAAAGAUCGUGUCAGACAAUCAGUAUGCCAUUAUGGUGUCAUGUCGAUGCAAUUAUACAACAUCAAGAUUAUUCUUUAAGCAAGCAACCAGUUGGCGACCUCGAACAUCAAGGGAUAUUAUAAUAUCUGUUGCAUCCGAGAUUUCAGGAGAGUCUCCUGGACCAUAUGAAAGAAAUUCUCAACUUCCUGUGCAGGUUUUAACUCUUCAAGCUUCGAAUUUGACAUCUGAAGAUCUAACGUUGACAGUUCUCGCUCCAGCCUCAUUCACUUCACCCCCUUCAGUUGUCUCUCUGAGUUCACCCACUAGUCCAAAUAGUCCUUUUAUUGGUUUCACAGAGUUUUUAGGAAGGAUAAAUGGUGAAAGACAUGCCGGUACCACUCAGGGGGCGAGCAUUACUUCUCCUUUAAAAGAAAACGACAAACAAGAUGAUGUCAGACCUCAGUCAGUUUCAAUGAAUGAUGAUGUCAUCCCUAGUUCUGGCCUAAGUUGUACACAUCUUUGGCUGCACAGUAGAGUUCCACUUGGAUGUAUCCCAUCUCAGUCAACAGCAACCAUUAAGCUUCAACUGCUUCCGUUGACAGAUGGCAUAAUUACACUUGACUCUUUGCAAAUUGAUGUCAUGGAAAAAGGUGUUACGUACAUCCCUGAGCGGUCUCUAAAGAUUAAUGCAACAUCCAGCAUUUCCAAGGGGAUUAUUUAAGAUGGACUCAGGCUGGUUGCAUAUUUCAUUAUGUAUGUUAUCCAGUGCAGUGGAAGCAAAUAUGGACGAUUUGUUUGCCUGGAUUCCAAAUUGUUCUUCCAACAUACUCUCAGUGGCACGAAGGUAUCUUCCUUUCGUUAUCGUAGCAUGGUGAUGGAGUUGGCGUGUUAAUUUGUCCAGAAAUAGCGGUUCACUUUGUAUUGUAAAAACCACGAGCUUAAAGUAGAUUAUUGUUACAUACCCCAUUUAGGGGAAGAUUGUAAUCUUUAUAGAUAGAUCGAUUUUUUUGUUAAGAUGUACUUAUCUCUGACUCUUCGGACUGAAAGCAUUCAUGGCAGUAGGAAGCUGCAAUUCAGUGCGUUUCAAUUUAUCAUCACUGGAAGCCUUGUAUUCAUGACUUUA